AUGGCAAUGCUUUCAAGCCGCCAUAUUUGUUUGGUGGUAGUGGUAGUUGUAUGUUGUUUAAUACAGACAUCAUUGCGGGCAAUGGCCUCAGACAGUAGUGUGCAUUCAGCGGCAGUAAACGAGGUUCAUCUAGUACCCAUAGAUGUCAUAAUUCGACCCAUUCCUCCGGUUCUAGAGGAAGCAAAAGUCAACUCACUCAUUAAAACAAUUCAGGUGGGUUCUAAUGACUCUAAUGUCGAACGUUUAUACGGAAUAAUGAUAACCAUACAUGCUUCCUAGAAUGAAACCCAAAAUAAGGUAAAUAGGUUGACACAUUUUAAUUUUGAUAUUCAGUCUACCCACAAAAGGUUCCCAACUAAAACGAAUUAGGGCUCCGAUCCUGGAUGCUAUGAUAAUGCAGAAAAAUAUGGUAAUAAAAAAAACACAGUCAUCAAGAACUAUGUAGAAUGCAUUGAAAGCUUCACAGUAUUUGCGGCAAAAUUAUUAUUUUAAAAAAUAACUUAGAGAAAAUGUAUAAAAAAUGGGGCAAAUCCUUCUGUAGUGAAUUUUCUCUCCAAAUUAAGCCCUUUGCAGCUAGCCAUUCACCACCAUGCUGGAGAGCAAAAGUCGCUCUGGGACAAGACAAACAAAAGGCUAACAUAGUUUUAAAUGGUGAUUUCCUUUGUUUGUCUCAUCCCAGUUCGACUUUUGCUCUCCAGCAUGGCAGUUUUGUACCACGUGAAUGGCUAGCUGCAAAGGGGGCUAUUUGAAGACCUGAACAGUGCAUGUAUAUGUAUGUUAAGAUCUGUUCAGUUAUACCCUGGCCAGACUCCCCUACCCAGACUGUCCAACCUUUUCAGUAGGUAAAAUCGGGAUACUUUUUGAUGAUCGAGGAAUCACAUAAAGGGGUGAGCCACUAGGGGGCUCUAGGACCAUUCUCCCCAAGAAAUAAAUGUGAAAUCGGGAUCCUCCAAGACGCCAUUUCUGUCGAAAAUAUUCACUAAAUUAAUUGUGAUUUUUGUACUUAUUUUUAUGUGGCUUUGUGUUCAAGUAUUCGAUUUUAUUUACAUAAUUUUCGUACAAUUUUUAAAGUUUUUGGUUGUAUCAGUUUUCAUUAAGUAUACUCUGAUAUGUGUUCUUGUAUAAGUAUCACAAGAAUUUAUUUGGAAAUAUCAGAACAGAUUUCAACAUCGGGAUUUUUCUAUCCCAAUCGCAGAUUGGUCGGGAUUCAGGAUUUUCAACCAAAAUUGGGAUGGUUGGACAGUCUGCCUACACUCCCUAUUGGUAAUCCUGAAUACAUGUACUCAGUAGCUUCCAUCUCAUUCCAUCAUGUUUCAGGAUAAGAGUUUAAGACAUACAGUACCCCCAAUUGAUGUCUUAUGGAUAAAAGGACGAGAGGGAGGUGAUUAUUAUUACUCAUUUGGUGGCUGCCACAGGUAUGAAGCUUACAGAAAGCUCAACAUGAAAACUAUUCCAUGCAAGAUCAUUCAAGCCACCAUUGAACAUCUUAGAGUCUAUUUAGGAUCUUCUCUGCCUGACUUAAAAUGA